UCAACAUUAUUCUGACCACUUUACAACCCUAGUCUCUCUCUCUCUCCAAACACACUCCUUCUUUACUGCCUCUUUCAGCCGGCUCCCGCCACCCUCUCCUCCACGCCCGCCGCCGUGCUCUCUCACUACUCAUUCGGAAUUCUCAAAUUUACAUUUAUUUCACUAAAUUUUACGAAUCGACGUUUUUUAUUAUUUAAUUCAGCGCACUCGUGGGGAUGGGGGACAAUGGGGUUAGUGAUCUUGGUGAUCGGCCCGAGAAUCCGACUGACAUCGCCGCCGGUGGUCCUCCGAGGUCGCCGUGGAAGACUUCGGCCACCGCGGCUCCGGUGGCCGGUGCUGAUUCGGAGUCUUGGCCGGCACUGUCCGAUGCGCAGCAGCGAUCCAAGUGUAAUGGAGGUGUCGAUUUGAGCCCUGCUAAGUCGCCUCCCCUGCCGACGGAGUCUGGGACCGAUAAUUGUGCUGAUCCUCCUGCGCCGGUUACUGUUGAGCCGCAGAAAUUCCAUGGUCGUGGUAAUUUUAAAUCUCCCCGAAGGCCGUACGCAGCACAUCAUAAUAAAAAUGGCCCCAAGCAUGGCCCAAAUAAUAUACCUCCAUUUGCUGUUCCCUUACCUUACCAUCCGCCGACAAUAGCCCCAAUUUUUCCUAGUAUGGUUCCCAUUUCACCAUCUUCUGUUCCUGGAUAUAGUUAUCAAUUUCCAGCCAGAUCUUUCCCGAGAGCUGAUGCUCAACUGCUGAAGUCCGGUAGUGAUCCUGCACAAGCCUAUGUUCCACCAAUGAAUGGGAAUAUUCAACCUACACCACGUGCUGAUUCGAGGGGCCAUGAUUCUGGUUCUGGUGGAAGAAGGCGUAGUACAAAUGAGCAAUAUGGACCAACGAAUCCUUCCCGCAACAAUCAACGCCCUGCCUCUAACAACUUCUAUAUGCAACCAAAUGUGGGCCCAAGACAUUUUGUAAGGCCUCCAUUUUUUGGGCCUGGCAUUGUUGAUGGGCCAAGCUAUCCAGGUCCACCAGGAGCUUUCAUUUACUAUCCAGCUGUGCCCCCAGGCUCUGUUAGGGUUCCUUAUCCACCGUAUUUAGUUCCAUAUCCAUUGAGCCCUGGAGUUCCUGUAUCACCCCCGCCAACGAUAGCAUUGAGGGCCCGCAUUGUUAAGCAAAUUGAGUAUUAUUUCAGUGAUGAGAAUCUGCAGACUGAUGCCUACCUGAUAUCCUUGAUGGACAACCAGGGCUGGGUCCUGGUUUCGAGUAUCGCAACCUUUAAAAGGGUUGAACAAAUGAAUGUAGAUAUACCAUUUAUUAUAGAUGCAUUGCAAACUUCAGAGACAAUUGAAGUGCAGGGUGAGAAGGUGAGGAGACGCAAUGAGUGGUCUAAGUGGAUUUCAGAAUCUGUGAACAAAGAAGCUACAUCCCUAGUUAGAAAUUCUGGGAACAAUGAUGAUCAGAAUGAGAAUAAGAGAGACAAGCUUCAUCCGGAUGGAAGUUCAGUGGAUUCUCUGCCAUUGGCUGCAGAUACUCUGGAAGGCUCCAUUAAAAGUUCUACAGAACAUAGCAAGGAUAGUGAAGAACAGAGAGUUGCUUUAGGAAACAGUAAUCUAAAAUUAGAGCUGGGAUGUCAACCCAGCUCUAGAAACAAUAUCAGUGUACUUAAUACUGGAUCAAAUUUCCAAGCCACUUCACUAGGAGCUGAUUCUGUGAAGUCAGUCAUAUUCAAAAACGGUGAAAACAAAAAAAUGCAGGCUCUUUCAAAACCGAAAGUGAAGAACUUUGGUGGGUCAUCUGAUGAUUUUUCAAGCACAUUUAUGCUUGAUGAAGAGCUGGAAUUGGAGCAGAAAAGGACAGGGCAUGACCAUCCUUCUACUGCUGGAAGGGUUGAUGAUGAAGAUGAGGAAAUAAUUAUUAAUGAUCAAGCUGUCGAGAGGCUUGUAAUUGUCACUCAAAAUAGUCGAAUGAGAGCCGGGGAAGAAUCAAAACCAUUAUCCAGUGAGCUUGCUUCCACUAUAAAUGAUGGUCUAUACUAUUAUGAGCAGGAACUGAACUUAAAAAGGUCUCAUCGUAGACAUAAUCAGCCUAUUAGUGAAGGCAUGGAUGACAGCUCCAGAAAUUCUGCUCAAGGUGCUGCCACAUUAAAUUCUAGGAUUCUUGAUCAGUCUACAGGCAAAAGCAGCUCUGAGGGGCAUGGACAUCCCAACUCUCGUAAAAAGCAAAAUAAAAGUAACUUGAAGCAACAGCAGCGACUGUUCUAUGGAAAUCUUAAAGGUCAUGUAAGUGGCCGGAACACUCUGGGAGCAGUAUCUGGAAGUCCACCUAGUGAUGCGGUUGGUUUUUUCUUUGGUUCUACGCCCCCAGAUAGUUAUGGGUUCAGGCAUUCAAAGUUGAGUGCCUCACCUCAAAGCAGCAAUCUCUCAGGAAGUAGUCCUCCAGUUGGUUCAGUGCCAAAGUCAUUUCCACCAUUUCAACAUGCAAGCCAUAAACUUCUGGAGGAAAAUGGUUUCAAACAGCAGUUGUACAAUAAGUAUAAAAAGCGCUGCCUUGGUGAACGAAAGAAAUUGGGCAUUGGUUGCAGUGAGGAGAUGAACACAUUGUAUAGGUUUUGGUGUUUUUUCUUAAGAAACAUGUUUGUCCCUUCCAUGUAUAACGAGUUCCGUAAGCUGGCUCUGGAAGAUGCCGCUGCUGGUUACAAUUAUGGAACAGAGUGCCUGUUCCGGUUCUAUAGUUAUGGGUUGGAGAAGGAAUUUAAGGAGGAUCUCUAUGAUGACUUCGAGCAGCUGACACUUCAAUUCUACAAAAAAGGGAACCUGUAUGGCCUGGAGAAGUAUUGGGCAUUUCACCAUUUCCGGGAGGCACGGGAGGAGAGAGAGGCAGCAAAGAAGCAUCCUGAAUUGGAUAGGCUGCUGAGAGAGGAAUAUCGUAGUAUGGAAGAUUUCAAGCGCGCCAAAGCUAAGAAUGCAAGCGUGAAAGAAGGCAACCAGUAAGGCAUAUUGGGCGAAACGACUUGGCAUUUGCAGUGAAGUGACAAUGUCGCAAAUUUUGGAAGGAGAAUUCUAAUAGUCUAUAGAGGAAAAAGGUGGAAAUUUGGUGGCCAUUUUUGGUUGUUGAGGAAUUUUCUACUUUGUUGUCUUGUACAUAGAAUGUUGACGACAUUCUGGUGUUGCCACAAAGAAUGUCAGAUAGCAGGAUUUUUUUUGAAGCUGUAUAUAAGAAAUUGAUGGAAAAAAAUAGAUAGGUAAUAAUGGCGUGAGCUUUGUACAACUUGGGGAUUGAGCCAUGUUUCAAACCACAUUAGGCCUUUGUUCCGUCUCGUCUUUAUCAAAUAAGAUUAUCUGUCUUUUCCACUGGAAA